GCUGUGUGAUCACGUGAUCUCGCCACGCGUGGACCUUUCCCUGUGUUAUGCCGGGAGAGGAAUUGAGUGCGGCGUGUUAACCCUUCCGGGGCCAGGCUGACCGUGCUCUGACAGUUAAAUAUUCCUGAAAGAAAAUGUCUGGAAUAAAAAGAACCAUUGAAGGCAAGGACCCGGAUUAUGAAGAUAUAUCGGUUGUCCAUCAGAACAAGCGGCAUAAGGCCAGUGAAAUAUCAGCUCGAGAUGCUGCCAUCUUGAAGAUAGAAUCCGUUGUUAAGGAUCAGUUUGCUGUUGAACUGAAGAAUAAAGAACAUGAGAUUGAAGUUAUUGAUCAGAGACUGAAUGAGGCUAGACGUAUGAUGGAUAAACUCAGAGCAUACAUUGUGGCUAAUUAUUACGCUUCUGCAGGGUUUGGUAAAGGACAUGAGGGCACCUCAGCAUGUGAUCCCACAAUUCUAAAUCAUCCAUCUAUCAAAAAAUUCUUGGAAUCCCCUUCACGAGCUUCAUCUCCUGCAAACCACCGUUCAGACACCCCUUCUGUCAGUAAUUCGGAAACUGAGUCUAUAUGUACCCACAGUGAGCUUCUGGAUAAAGAUAGUCAUGUAGCUACCAAAACUGUGCACAAAGGGACCUCUGCUGCAGAUGGAAAACUGGUGAAGGAUUCCGUGCCAACAGAAAAUGACAACCAAACUGCUGGGUUUACAAGAUCUGUGGACACUUCUAGGCGUUUUGUGAAGAAAACUUUGGUUGUUGGAAAUGUCUCCAGGUACAUUCCUCCUGACAAACGAGAAGAGAAUGAUCAGUCUACACAUAAAUGGAUGGUCUAUGUACGUGGCUCUAGAAAGGAGCCAAGCAUUCAUCACUUUGUGAAAAAGGUUUGGUUCUUCCUGCACCCAAGUUACAAGCCUAAUGAUCUUGUAGAAGUCAGAGAGCCUCCCUUCCAUUUAACACGCAGAGGAUGGGGUGAAUUUCCUGUGAGAGUGCAGAUCCACUUUAAGGACAGUCAGAACAAGCGGAUAGAUAUCAUACAUAACUUGAAGCUGGACAAAACUUACACUGGAUUGCAGACACUAGGAGCAGAAACGGUUGUUGAAGUUGAGCUUCUCAGACAUUCCUUUGGCGAGGAUUAUCUGUAUUCACAAUCUUCCAAUGAAACUUCUCAGUCUGAUGGGAGCACUCCAGGACCUGUUCUAGUUAAAACCUCUUCUCCUCACAAAGGAAGCCAUGAAUUGGCCGAAAAGGGUUUUAGCAUGACAUCAGAGCCCACAUUGUACACUCAGACCUCAGCACUUGAGCGCACACCAACAAAAAUGACUCAGAGGUUUACUAUUGGAGCUCAUGGCAGCACUGCUUUCCAGCCUAUCACUGCCAGCUGCAAGAUUGUCCCUCAAGGACAGGCAACAAGCUUGGCUGAGUCCCCUGGGAAAUCUUUCCAGCCAAUCACAAUGAGCUGCAAAAUUGUGUCUGGUAGUCCAACAAGCAAGCAUUCCAGUAUUUCACAGGCUGGAACCCGUUCUCCACUGCCAAAAAUUCACGGGAGCAGUUUUCUUAAUCAGAAUAUCAAGCAGGAGGAAACUCUGUUUGCUGCAAUGCCUCCACUUUGUCCUAUUGGAAGUCACUCAAAAUCGCAGAGCCCCAAACCUGUGGCUGGAGGACUUGGUGCUUUCACAAAGGUGAUCAUAAAACAAGAGCCUGUUGAAACUCAGCAGCAGCAAGAAAUUCCUUCAACAUCGCAACCAUCAGCCCAACAAAUUGUAACUGUGAAGGGUAACCAGAUGAUUGCCGUGUCACCCCAAAAGAAUCUUGGCAAUCCUGAGGGGGCUAAGGUUGUUGGAAUUCCUGUUGGAUCUGCUGUGCCAGCAUCAAUUAAACCAUCUGUGACUAUAAGUGGUGGGCAGAUCCUUGUUGCCAAAUCCGGCUCUACAGCUGCCAAGGCAGUGGGAGCCAAACAGAUGGUAGCUCAAGGUGUGGCCAAAGCUGUUGUUAGCAGUGGAAGUGCCAGCGUUUUAACACAAUCCUCACAAAACUUGACAAAGGCACAAGUUACAUCUACUGUAUCAGCAAAAACCGGAACCCAGGGGCCAGUAAUGGCAACUCUACAGCUACCAUCCACAAACCUAGGUAACUUGGCAAAUCUACCUCCUGGCACCAAAUUAUACCUCACCACCAACAGCAAGAGCACUUCUGGUAAAGGAAAGCUGUUGCUUAUACCUCAAGGCGCAAUCCUGAGAGCUGCUAAUACUGCAAAUCUGCAGUCGGGAGCAUCCAGCAGUGGUGGCUCUAGCACAGCAGGAACAUCUACAGGGCUACCCCAACAUCUCACCUACACAUCAUAUAUUCUGAAACAGACACCUCAGGGCACCUUUUUAGUUGGACAGCCAUCGCCACAGACAUCUGGAAAGCCAACCAGCUCAAAUGUUGUGGUUCAGGGCAGUGGUGGAUCAUCUACACAGGGUCAGCAAACAAUAAAAAUAACUGCUGGACAAAAGAGCACACUGAUUGCACAGGCAAACAGUGGUUCAGCUGGAUUAGUAAAGAUAUCAGAAAAUGUUCUAAAGUCAUUGCCAGCAACAUCGCAAACACAGAAACCUGGUACCACACUGCUAAGGGUGGCUGGUGGGGUAAUAACUACGACAAGUACAUCAUUGCCAUCCUUGUCGGCAAGUGGAUCAAGUCAACAGGUUGCAGAAGGCUCCAGUACAUCUACACAGAAUGUGUCAUCAAGCAAAAUACAUGUCCAACACCACACAGGCACUGCUAGUACCAGCCUAAUAAAAUCUUUGCCCAGUGUGAAAUCUAGCACACUACCCACACCAGUGUUGUCAUCAAGAGUCACGCUUAGUCUGGCGCCCAACAGCUCUUCUCUAACAGUGAAAGCAGAACCUGACCACAUCAAUGCUCCCUCCUUCCAUACGAGCAGUACAGCAGUCAAGAUCGAAGAUAACUUAGACCAGGAAUCCAGCUCUGUGAAGACAGAACAUCUGCAGAACUUCAAGCAGUUAUUAACUGCAACCGUGAAGAAGAUCCCUCUAAUAGGUGAAAGAGAUGAGGAUGGCAGUAAUUUAUUUUGUGCAAGCUCAGUGGAGCAGUAUUACAGCUGGAAUAUUGGAAAAAGAAGAGCAUCUGAGUGGCAAAGAGCCAUGUCCAUGAAAAAUAUGCUUCAAGAAAUAAUUGAAAAGCAGCCAAAAUUUAGCACUAUUGCUCCACUGAAAACCAAAGAAAUUGUACACUGGUGCCGCAUUCAUGGUUACACUCCUCCUGAUCCGGAGAGCUCAAAUGAUGAUCGGGAAUCUAUCGAAGAUGUGUUGACUCGAAUAGAUAACGAGGCUUCGUUACCUUCCUCUUAUUCCUCUUCUGAGGCUCUCUGUCAUAAGAUAGAGGAGUUGGAAAAGGUUCUUAAAAAGGAAAGAGAAGUGGAUGUGGAUGUGGACAUUAUAAGCAUGGAGGAACAAGAGAAGCCUUGCAUUAAGAAGGAAAAUGAAAAUGGAGAUGAUGAUAAAUUUUACUUAACCCCAACUUUAUCCUGCGAGUUCAUCAGAGACACAGCACAGGAGAUUGGAAUCUCCUUACAACCAACUGAAAUUCAGAAAAAUGUGUAUGCAUCCCCUGUAGAAGAAAUGGUUCUAAAGGCCACUGAGCAGUUUGUCAGUGAUAUUCUAAGGGAUGCUUUAGCUGUGGCAUAUCAAAUGACUUCUCGGAAACGGGCUCCAAGAGAAAUUAGCAUUUCAGACAUCCAUCAAGCCAUUUGCAACAUUCCGUUGUUUGACUUUCUCACAAACAAGCACAUGGGUGCUUUGAACAUAGACGAUGAACUCUCUUUGAAAUAAAUUUAACACAGCCUUAGCACUGCACAGCAAGAGUGCAGCUUGUCAAACCACAUGUCAUCAGAGCCAUAUGAAAUUUUGUAAUCUUCACCUUUUUUUUUUUAUGUCUCAUGGUAGCUCAAGAUAAAUUGCUCUUCUUUGACUUGUUCUUUUUGUUCUAUGGCUUGUUAUCUCAAGCAUGUAAUAAUGUCUGUAGCUCCACGUAUCUAUGUAUGUAUAUUUGUAUGUGUCCACUUGAAAGACAAGAUACUGAGAAAAAAA